AUGCCAGGCUUCAAUGAGAUACCUAGUGAAAUUUUACAGCAGAUUUUUGCAUAUGUUCAGAAGAGUGCCAAGUACAAGAAAAGUUGGAUGGUGCAAUAUCAGCUUGUCUGUAAGAGAUGGAACCAAGUUGCAAGAACGUAUCUGUAUAGCCUCAUAGAUUUAUGUAGCGAUGAGACCAUGGAGAGGUUUUUACACUGUAUGAAAAACAGUAGCGCAGGGCACCUUACUCGAAUCAUAUAUCUUAACACAGGAUACCGAAAAUAUGAAACAACGGAGCUUUACAUCAAUGAACUUGUUGAAGCCUGUCCAAACAUAGAACGUGUUAAGGGCACCGUCAAGAACUAUGAUUCUUGGCGUACUAUUAUCACUGCCGCAUCAAAGCACUGGCCUCAUAUAAAGGAACUUAUUAACCCUUUUGACUUCACUGAACACCAUAAUUACCUUGAUUGUUACAACACACUUAUUUCGCUUUUUCGCCAUUCACUCACUCACGUCUAUCUACCACCAGAGCAUCCCUCUGCUCCAAUAAUGAAAGAACUCUGUCAGCGAUUACCAGAGUUUAGCAACUUAACGCACUUGACUAUCGACAAGAUGGAAAUCUUUUGGUCACUUAUAGACUAUGAUGAAAUAAUCCAGCUUUGUCCUAACUUGACAUCUUUAAGCGUAAACUCAAAGACGUAUUAUUCAGAUGUGGGGAGCAGAAUACCAACCACUCUUGAAAUAUUGUCUACGCAACCACAUAUUUCCCAACCUUCAGAAUCUGGAAUUGGUAUCUUGCGACUAUCCCCGUUUUGA